UUCGGCCACCAGUUGCAGGCUUCGCGGCUGCAGAAACGGUUGGGCGCAGCGUCUGUGAAAAAGGGAGAGAGACCCUCGAGAGGAAAACUAUCGUUUCUGAAAAUAAUACGCGUAAAUAAAUCAACUUUACAAUUACGUGCAAAAAAGUAACGCUCUUUAAUUUAACUUUCAUUGAAUAUUAAUAUAAAAGAGGAACAGAUCGAAAGAAAGUAAUCGCGAAGGACCGACAUUAUGUGUGAACGGAGCUGCACACCUGACAUUCGAUAAAAUUCGCGCGUUUAAAAUUUAAUUGGAUAUCCCACGCCGAGUAAAUAUUUACACCCUCGUAUUGGUUUUCGCCGGUCGGAACCGCUCCGGAUAACUGAUGUGCGCAGAAACGGAGUUAGCGCGAAAUCGAGUUGCUCUCUUGGAUGUGAUAUAAAUUCGACGGAGAGAUUUCCGGAAUUCGCGGAAACGCCAGGGUAACGGAUAAGUAUAAUGUCGCGGAGAAAGUGAAGUGCAUCGCGGAAGCAAAACUUAUUCGCGCCCGCCGAUGAUACUCGACUCGUAGGAGGAAGCAAAUUUGGAUCGAGGCCAAGUCUGAGGGAAUAAUCUCGCCUGCGAAUAUGGAGGAAGAAGAGAGUCUCGGCGACACUACGAGCGACGAUGCUGGCGUUAAGGAACUUCAGGAACUUCGCGACAAAUACGAGGGAAAAUUGACGGCGUCUCUUUACACAGGGACACUUUGUGUCGCCGCAAUUGCUUCACUAGUCGCUCUAGGUGCUCUAUGCAUUACUGAUUACGUUAAGCUGUUGCAAGUGAUCGAUCUUGUACCUGUAUCAACAUUGACGACCAUGCUCAUCGUAUCGUUGACACUUUUAGUGGUCACGCAAUUAUCCUCUACCAUGACCUCCAAACGGUCGAGGAUUUUAAUAGGUUUAACAUCCUCCAUCAUACUUGGUCUAGGAAUUCUAAUAUUAAGAGGCGUUCUGCCCUUGUUCGCCUGCAUCCUGUCAAUAAUCGCCAUUCUGCCUAAAAUGAGGUGGCAUGUACCGCUCAUCAUCGGCUGUAUCCUGGCUCUCACGCAUGUUUUGGGAAGAUUUAUCUUUGAAGAUCUCUCGAGCUAUUAUAAUAUAAUUCAGAUCCUCGUGGAAAUCGUGUUUCUCCUGGCUGCUAUCCUCGCAGGUAUGUAUUAUAGGAUCCUGACAGCGUCGGCUCAUCGAAAAACUUUCUCAGGCACAAAGACGGUGAUUGAGUCGCGAAUCAAAUUAGAAUGCGAGAGGGAACAGCAGGAACAAUUAUUGCUGAGCGUUAUUCCUGCUUACAUCGCAGCAGAGGUAAAAAGGAGUAUAAUGCUAAAAAUGGCGGAUGCUUGUCAGGAAGCUAAUAAGCAUAAGCAAACCACCUUUCAAGAGAUGUAUGUACAGCGACAUAAUAAUGUCAGUAUUCUUUAUGCGGACAUCGUCAACUUUACACCCUUAUCGGAGCAGCUCUCAGCUUCCGAUCUUGUGAAAACCCUCAACGAGCUCUUUGGCAGGUUUGAUCAAAUAGCACAGGACAAUCAGUGCAUGAGAAUCAAGAUUUUAGGCGACUGUUAUUACUGUGUCUCCGGACUUCCGGUUUCCCGUCCAAAUCAUGCUUACAAUUGCGUGAACAUGGGACUGCAAAUGAUUGAUGCUAUCAGAUUUGUACGCGAGGCCACCGGUUUCAACGUCGACAUGAGGAUAGGGAUUCACACGGGGAACGUGCUGUGCGGAGUUCUCGGGCUGCGGAAAUGGCAAUUCGACGUCUGGAGCGACGACGUGACCCUGGCUAAUCACAUGGAGAGCGGCGGUCUGCCUGGGAGAGUGCAUAUAACGAAAGCUACUUUAUUACAACUGGGCGAUCGAUUUGAGGUCGAAUCAGGUAAUGGAGGAUCUCGGGAAAGUUAUCUCGCUCAACACAAAAUAGAAACUUUUCUUAUCGUGCCACCCAAGAAAAACCGAGAGGAAAAUGGAAUGGAAAACGGUGGAAAUCGCAUACACGGACCUGGACCAAUACCUUCCAGAUCGAGGCCUAGUAGCAAAAUGACAAAAUAUGUGGAAUGUUGGGGUGCGGAUAAGCCUUUCGCCAAUAUAGCAGAAGCAACAUUAGCGAAAAAUAUUGGCCUAACAAGCAUCGCAAUGAUCGAAUCGAAUCUAUUGGCGAACAAUGUCAGCUGCUUUGACACGCAACAAUGGUGCGGUGGAAAUGAGGAGAUGUCGUCUUUUACUUAUUGGUUCAAAGACAAAAAUCAGGAGCAGCUAUAUCGAGAGCAGAGAGAUGAACAAUACCCUUGGUACGUCGUGGCCUCCAGCGUGGUUUACACAAUCAUGUUCUGUAUCCAGAUUAUUUAUUUACCAAGAAGCAUCGCGGUUUAUGGUUGCUUUGCAGCCGGUUUAGUAUCUCUAAUUAUACUUGCCGCAAUUUCGUGGUUCAGCGGUAAAGUCGACAUCAACAAUGACGAAGAAACAACAAGUCGUAUUGCACUCAGCUGUGGAAUUAGAAUAACGGUGUACUUAAUAACAGCCUUAUUGGCUAUUGCAUCAUCAGUCAUUAGUCUGAUCGAAGUCGAUCAAACUGCUGGAUACAUCGUACCAUUGUACGUGUAUUCCUCGGCGAUAGCACUGGUGAUCGGCUGGACCCACUUGAGGGUUGGUUUCUUGCUGAAAUUGAAUGUAAUGCUUCUAUCCGUUGGCGUAAUACUCGUAGUCUUCUCUCAAGCACCAAUCAUCCAACUAUAUUACGAAAAUUCUGACAUAAAAUUUUACGGCGUUCAUUAUCUGAUGCAAGUAGGAUACCUACUGGCGCUCAUCAGUCUGAUACUUCACGUUCUCGAUCGGCAAGUGGAAUAUACAUCCAGAAUGGAUAUCCUGUGGAAGAGUAAGCUGAGAGUCGAGCAGGAUGAGGUGGAGACCAUGAGGGGUAUUAAUAAAAUUCUCCUAGAGAACAUACUGCCGGCUCAUGUCGCCGAUCAUUUUUUAGCCACGAGGGCUACUCAAGAACUCUAUCAUGAAAGAUACAGUAGCAUUGCUGUAAUGUUCGCGUCGAUUCCAAAUUACAAGGAAUUUUAUGACGAAACCGACAUAAACAAGCAAGGCCUUGAAUGUUUGCGUUUACUCAAUGAGAUCAUCUGCGAUUUCGACAAACUCUUACUCAAGCCGAAAUUCUCAGGGAUCGAGAAGAUCAAGACGAUAGGCAGUACUUACAUGCUGGCGUCUGGCCUAAGUCCGGGAAAGGAGGACGGUGAUAGCAAGGACUUACUGAAGCAACAAGAUCACAACGUAAUCGUACUCGUCGAGUUUGCCAUUGCGCUUAUGACGAUCUUAGAUCAAAUCAAUCGAGAUUCCUUCCAGAGAUUCAAAUUGAGGAUGGGUUUAAAUCAUGGCCCGGUGAUAGCGGGUGUUGUGGGUGCUCAAAAACCGCAAUACGAUAUUUGGGGAAACACGGUAAACGUCGCUUCGAGAAUGGACAGUUGCGGUGAGAUGGGCAAGCUUCAGGUCACCGAGGACACUGCCAAGAUCCUCAUCGACGCCGGGUACGAACUCAUUUGCCGAGGACCUACGUACGUGAAGGGCAAAGGAACUCUCACUACAUACUUCGUGAAAACGCCCUUCGAUGACAAGGAGGACAAUUAUUAAAGGUGAAUUAUACAAAUUAUUGAUCGAAUCGAAUUUUAUCUCGUGAGAAGGAACACAAACUUUUCCAUAAAGAAAAAUCGGACUUGCAGAAAGUAGAAUUCUGCUUAAGUUGUUUGAACGUAUAAUAUGAAAAAGGUAUAAAAAAAAAUGAUUCCCCCGAAUUUUAAGGAUCUGUCUGUUAAUAUGUGAAAUGUUCAUGGAUGUUAGGUUUAUUUGUUUAACUCAUAAAUAAGAUUUUCCUUGCGUGGAAAAAAAGGAGACUAAUAAGAAGUUGCAUUUGUCGGAAUCUGUCAUAAUUAGUCGGAACAAUUCAAGAAUAUAUUGAUAUCGUCUCUGCUAUUUAAAGAAUGAAUAAUCGGCACGAUACGGAUGUAUUCAUGAUUCCUAUCCUCUCGAUGUUUUCUUCCUGCACUUAAUGGAACCGGAGGAAGUGGCAAAAGAGUAAUUAAUUGUGUUCUGAAAAUAGUUUUAUGCUAUUUAGAAAUGUGAGACAUGAUCUCAUACCUGUGUAUUUUACAAGAUAUUUUACGAAAUUAUUGCAGAUAAAUUUUAAGCAUCAACUCGAUCCAAUUUUCGACUUAUGAUCAAUGAUCAUAAACAACGUUACAUCGUACCUGCAAAUAAAGAUUAUCAGUAUAUAUACGUAUAUAUGCAUAUAUACCUAUAUAUUUAUGAUUCGUUUUGACAGCUGCAACAUACGCAGAUGUGAUUUUGGAUAUAAACACACAAUUUUAUCUCUCUAUCGAGAGAAACAACGAGAACUCAAUCAAUUCUGAUAUAUGAUUAAUGUACGAAAUUGCUUUAUACGGCAUUUAUUGCCUUUCUUCAGUUUGAAGAUAUUGUGAAUUAUAUAUACUAAUAAAAAUACGAUGAUAAUAUUUA